CACGCCAGUACUGGGGACUUGCAAACUAGAUUUUGUGCGCACAGUUUUUUCUUUGCCCUCGCCGACUGCAAGCACAUCCACCUCAGAAUCGACAUUGACGCGAAUCAUCGUGGAAGAGGAAGCAGCUUACUCCCUUGCUCCACGAACAAGUGCUUUUAGUGCUUCUGAGGAAAUAAUGAUGCCCGACGAGGUGAUGAGGCCAC